AUUGUGUCCAUCCAGAUCGUGCCCACUUGGCCCACACGAAACACGAGAGCUUGUAUGCGCUUCGUUUCUUCGUUUCUCCGAGUGCAGGAGCGAAAGUAUCGUGUUCUUCCGCGAUUUGGUCAUUAUUGCAUCGGUCUCAAAUUACCCUUUCAUCCUAGAGUUGACUGUUGCAGAUAUUCUUGUAGGACCACUAGGGGUACUUCCGAACUUUCCACAGAUUGAUUGGAGACGGCUGCAUAUCGCACUUUCUCAGCUAAUAAACAAGAGGUUUCCCAAUGAUCGGCCGAGGUCACAGAACAUUCGAGAGAGCUGCUCCCCGUUGCUGCCUGACCUUGGGCAGACAGUCGAUGGGGUCACAGCAGCCUGGACUUACUCGUGCGAAUGGCAUGCAGAGGAGCUUUGACCAUGCCCUGUUAACACACGGGCUAUAGUAUUUUGGGGUAGAGCUCGACUAAACAACAUAUGCCUGCUACUCAAACAAUGCAUGUAACUCGAGCUUGGGCUCCGGUUGCUUCCAUUCGCGUCAUGUCGUACAUAACCGACGAAACUCGCCGCUUUUGACUUGUCUUUGCAUUGUUCACAAUCUUGUUCUCCUCUCUCCGCUUCUGAUAGGCGUGGAGGGCUUUCUCUCUCCUAACGGCCUGUUCAAACGUACAUUUUUUGCCACGAUCUCUGGCAGUACUUCUUUGUGCAAGGUCCAUGUGACAGACACGGCGCGUUAUCGCAUUUAGCACUCAAAUAGUGACUGAAGGUCGAUAUUUGCCAUCAAGCCUGCUGGUAAUGUUUCUCGUUUCUGUUUGGAUCGCACAAAAAGGAUGACAGGCGGGGAUUAUCGCCCUAAAAAAGAUCAUUCCAGCCCGCGACGUCAUUGGCCAAUCACGUGGCACGCAUGCCCUAAGUCAGACAUCUUCCUCUCCCCUCCUUGUGCCUCUGCAAUACAGAGAUGAUCGAUGCUCGCUCUCUUGAACCUUUCGUGGCUAUCCUACUGGUCAAUGAUUACAUCCAAUGAUUACAUCCAAUGAGACUACAUAUGACGUCCGUUUAAGACAACCUCAGUUUUCCCCUCUGUUUUCUUUGAAGAUGAAUCCUUUGUCAUUGUGGCCAUGAGUCAAGUUACGGUAACUGGCCACGCUGAAGGGCAUCAAAGCACUAAGCGAAGGGCUAUUGUUGACGUACCCCUAUCAAAUAGCAAAAGCUGUUGUUGUAGGGGGCGCUCCCCCUUCUCGAGUAGAAGAUCGAUGGUACGCCUUGUUCACCCUAGAAACAGAUAUCAAAAGCCUUAUUUCAACCGUGGUUAGGUCGUUGAGAUGCGAAUGUUUAUUUCGUGGAAGCAAGGAUCAAUGGCAUUCUUCAAGUUCCGAUUAAUGAGAUUACAUCAUCUAUUAUAUGGUUCAAACCGGGAAUUUGGAACAAACAUAAAAAAAUCUUCAUCUCAAAUGGAUGAAAAUUGAAUUGUGGUCCGCUCCCGCCAAAGUCCUACUUAAAUGCUGGGACCCGCGCCUACAGGGCGGGUUGACCCGACACCUAAGAUAUUGGAACUGGGCAACUUGAGAUAUAUUCGGGCGGGUUUGUUCGGCCAUUUUUGCGGUGCUAUAUGCUUUUUGGAAUAUCACCAAUUCGACUCAACCUGCGCCCCAAAAGUUAUAACCCGAGAUUCCUCGUAAAAUGGAAAGGGCUACCAGUCACGGUUUAUAGUAUCGUUGAUACUUCCAAUGGAUGGCCCACAAAGUCCCCAAUUUGCAAUAUCGACUAUAGAGCUACGACGUGGGGCUGAAUUGUUCUCCAAGGGUGAUCUUCAAAAUCGUGUUCGACAUCAGCGCGACCCUGUUCCACGGCGCUGUAUCGAGAAAGCUCUGUUAACAUGAUUUCAAAAUUUUUGAUAAAGGGCUCGCUACAGCAGCCUUAGAAACGUGACAGUGCUUAUCAUUAAUAUCCGAUGGAAGGAACUAAAAACAUAGCUAUCAUUAUUGCUGAAUCGGAGCUCGUUGCAUCUGCCUCUCCUGAUAUGUUGAAAGCAUUUAUAAUUGGUUCGUACAACAUGCCUUAGUACCUGCCCCUGAGGAUCGCAGUAUGCAAAUCACCAGGUAUAAACAAAAUAUGCUAAGCAGCAGAGGGGCCUAUUAGAACAAAUAAUAAUCCAUUAUUGUGAGGAAGCACCGGCAUUACGGCGCAAAGUGAAUAUCCUGGUGGUCAACUUUGCAAUCCUCAGGACAACGCAAGAUCGAUUUUUAAUAAACUAAUAAAAGCGGCGCGCCUUGUAGUCUAAAUUGUAAUAGUCAGCUCCUCAGUAUUCCGCACUAUUUAACGAAUUCGGGGUCGCUGGUUUUUCCUCACCGCUGACCGUUGGUACCUGAGCUAUUUGAAGUGAGGCGACACGAAUUGAAAGGAAAAGAGCGAAAACAAUGCCGAUGUUUAAGCAAUGCACGGAUUGCCAUAGGUGGCCAAUCCCCAUUCGAGAAGUAGAAGGGGGCCUGCAUCUAGAUUCCAGCGACAUACAAGCUACCAGUCACAGUUCGCAAAAUUUAUGGAAGAAGAUUUACGGUUGAUCAAUUGGAUUGAUUUUUAAGAAAUAAAUGGAAGACGAGACGAGACCAAUUGAUAGACGCAGCCUAGAUUUUCGCUGAUUAUCUUUCGCAACUGUGCGUGGAGUCCAGAAUGUGGAUAGCAGUGGUUACCUCAUAUUUCUAGCAGCCAACCCACAAAAGCACCGACUAUAUGCAUCUGAAUGGGGAAAGGAUUCAAAUUGUCAUAUUGCUUAUAUAAUUUGAGACUAUCACAGUCUCUUGGAGAUCCUGUUUUGAGGCAGAACUGCCUUUAUAAAUGCAAGCUUGAUAUGUGCUGCAAACUAAUUGAGACAAAAGCGGGCGCGAGAUAUCUUGAAUGCUGAGCAAAACCAGGGGACAUUCACAAGAGACCAUUUUUAAGCGAAAUCACGAUAAUAGUAUCCCUAGAGAUCUUGAGAAUGGGAUAUUGCUCCAGUGGUUGAUUAGUUAUCUGCUGGUUUCCCCUCAUACCCCCCCAGGCUGAGUAAAGGAUUACUUGAGAGAUAGGUUAGGAGCGCGAAGG